AUGUGUAAGCAUCAUAGAUUUCAAUGUGACUUCGAUGAGCCUCUUCCUAUUCAUCACACAUAUCAUCAACUUGGAGAGAUUAAUAUUGCUGCCAUAAUUUCUGUAUUCUUUACAUUUUCUAAACCCAUUGAUUUCAGUCAACAUCCUUAUCAGGGAUUUCAUGAUGGACUUAUAGUAUUUUUUCAGAACUACCAGCACAUCCUCGCCUUAGUGUUUACUGUAAAACAAAUUAAUGAAAACUCCCAGAUUCUACCCAAUGUCACGCUGGGCUUCCACAUUUUUAACAGUCAUUUUAGUCCAGACUGGACCUACUUUGCCUCAAUGUUACUGCCUCUCACUCAGGGCAAAUUCAUCCCUAACUACAAGUGUGGGGUUCCAAAUAUCUUGACUGCAGUCAUUGGUACACCUGACAUCUCUCUUCACAUGGCAACUGUAUUGGGCAUCUACAAAAUUCCUCAGUUGACAUAUGGUCCUGCUCCAGUCAUGGAUAAAGAGAAUCAAGCUGUUUUCUUCCUACAAAUGUUUCCAAAUGAAUCCCACCAACAUAAGAGCCUCUUGCAUUUAUUGCUGUAUUUUAGAUGGAUCUGGAUUGGAAUUCUUGUAGUAAAGGAUGAGAAAGGAGAAAAAUUUGUCCAGGAGGUGCUCUCCACAUUUUCCGAGCAUGGCAUCUGCACUGAAUUCGUAGCAGAGUUUCCAAAUGUAGCUUUUUACAGUGAUUUUACUGAUACCAUAGAUGAAGGGCUACAUAUAUACCAUGUUCUCAUGAACAGCACAGCCAAUGUGAUAAUCUUAUAUGGUGAAAUUCAAUCCAUGUCAUUUAUGAGAAGUUUCCUCCAGUUCUCAGAAGUGGAGGAUAUCCCAAGAAAAAAUAAGAUCUGGCUUAUAACAGCUCAGACAGAUUACACUUCAGUAUCCCUUCAAAAAUCUUGGGAUAUCCAUUUCCUCCAUGGUGCUUUAUCCUUUGCAGUUCACACAAAGGAGAUCCAAGACUUCCAGGAAUUUCUUCAGAAUUUAAGUCCAAACAACAACCAACAUGAUCAUUUUCGGAAAGAUUUUUGGGAACAGGCAUUUGAUUGUUUCUUCUCAAACUCAAAAAUGGAGAUGUCUGAGAAGAAAUGUACUGGACAGGAGCAGCUUCAGACUCUUCCCACAUCUGUGUUUGAGACACGCAUGAAUGGCCAGAGUUACAAUAUUUACAAUGCAGUCCACGUUGUGGCACAUGCUUUGCAAUCUCUCAUUCCACCUCAGUAUAUUUUUGCCAGCCAGUGGUGCAAAGCAGCCCUUGUUUCCUGCCGCUUGGGACUCAGAGCGGUAAACAACGUCUGGUCUGGGGAGCAGCCAGAUUUGCGGACACCAGAUCAGGCAUCUGCAAGCUCUCAUCUCUUGAGGAGCCUGGCCGAAGUUUCCCGCGCUGCUUCAAUUCAUUCCUUUCUGAGAAAUGUCAGAUUCAACAACAGUGUUGGUGAAAAGAUCUCCUUUGAUAAAAAUGGAGAAUUCAUUGGUGGAUAUGAUAUUAUCAAUUGGAUCACAUUCCCAAACCAGUCUUUUAUUAGGGUCAAAGUUGGAACAGUAGAUCCCACAGUUCCAGCAGAGAAGUUAUUCAAUAUUUCUGUAGAUUCCAUCACAUGGCCAGUAGGCUUUAAUCAGGCAUUACCUCUGUCUUUGUGUAAUGAUCCUUGUGAGAUAGGAUACAGCAAGGCCAAGAAGGAAGGGGAGUCAUUUUGCUGCUAUGAUUGCCGUUUAUGUCCAGAGGGGAAAAUAUCAAAGGAGAAGGACAAUGAUGACUGCUCUUCAUGUCCAGAAAAUCAAUAUCCAAAUCCCAAGAAAAAUAUGUGCAUUCCAAAGCAGAUCACCUUUUUGUCCUAUCAAGAACCCUUGGGGAUCAGUCUGACUGUUCUUUCUCAUUGCUUUGCUUUAAUGACAAUUUUGAUAAUAAUAAUCUUUAUGAAACAUAAAGACACUGCCAUCGUCAAAGCUAACAACCGGAAUCUCACCUACACUCUUUUAGUUUCCCUCCUCCUGUCUUUCCUUUGUGUAUUUCUAUUUGUUGGAAGACCUGAUAAGAUUGUGUGUCUCCUUCGACAACCAGCUUUUGGCCUGAUUUUUUCUGUGGCAGUUUCUUGUGUCUUGGCCAAAACCUUUGUUGUGGUUCUAGCAUUCAUGGCCACCAAACCUGGUUCCAGAUUGAGGAAAUGGGUAGGGGGAAGAAUGAUCAGUUUUAUUCUUCUAUCCUGCUCCCUUGUUCAAAUAUCUUUUUGUGCUGCAUGGCUGAUAAUGUCCCCACCAUAUCCAGGUUUUGAUAUGCAGUCAAUGUCUGAAGAAGUCAUCCUGGAGUGCAAUGAAGACUCGGUCAUGUUCUACUGUGUUUUGGGCUUUAUGGGUUUUCUUGCUCUGCUUAGCUUCUCUGCUGCUUUUCUAGCCAGGAAGUUACCUGACAGCUUCAAUGAAGCCAAAUUCAUCACCUUCAGCAUGUUGGUCUUCUGCAGUGUUUGGUUGUGUUUUAUUCCAACUUAUCUAAGCACAAGGGGAAAAUAUAUGUUGGCUGUGGAGAUCUUCUCUAUGAUCUCCUCCAGUGCUGGAUUACUGAUGUGCAUUUUUCUUCCCAAGUGUUUUAUCAUUGUGAUGAGACCUGAACUGAACAAUAAACAUCAGCUCAUGAAAAAAAAGUUUUGA